CAGAUGUCCGGCGCGGCGGGCGAGAACCUCGAGGGCGCCGCUGGCGUUGGCGCGAACGGUGCUGGCUCACUCGGAGCAUCGGGCGCAGCAGGCCAAAAGGCAGAUGGUGCCGCAGGUGUUGCUGGCACUGCGGCUGGCGGCGCUGGCGCAGCAGGUGGUGCUGGAACUUCCGGCGCAGGCCUCGCAGGCUCCGCCACUGGCCAGACUGGCGCAGGUGCUGGUGCGACCAACACUGGCGCAGGCGGCGCUGCCAUCUAGACUCGUCCACUAGCUGUUUAUUAUGCAUCUGGCUCUAUCG